AGUUCACAGGGAGUCGUGAGGUGAGCGGACAGACUGCAGCGAUCAGCCGCUUUUGACCCCAAACAGACUCCAGGGAACAUGGAGAAGAAAAGGUGGGAGUGCUCGGCUCUCCCGAAUGGUUGGAAAAUGGAAGAAGUGACCAGAAAGUCGGGCUUGUCCGCGGGGAAAAGUGAUGUCUAUUAUUUUAGUCCAACGGGAAAGAAGUUUCGGAGUAAGCCGCAGCUGGCCCGUUACCUGGGAAACUCCAUGGACCUGAGCUCCUUUGAUUUCCGCACGGGGAAAAUGCUUAUGAGCAAACUAAACAAGAACAGGCAACGGACACGCUGCGAUCACAAUCAAAGCAAGGGUAAGCCUGAUCUGAACACGUCACUACCGGUUCGACAGACAGCGUCCAUCUUCAAACAGCCGGUCACCAAGGUUACAAAUCACCCCAGCAACAAGGUUAAGACAGACCCUCAAAAAGCUGUUGAGCAGCCCAGACAGCUGUUCUGGGAGAAAAAGCUGAGUGGACUCGAUGUGUAUGAUAUAGCAGAGGAACUGGUGAAGACUAUGGAUCUUCCUAAAGGUUUGCAAGGCGUUGGUCCGGGUUACUCGGAUAAGACUCUUUUGUCGGCUCUCGCGAGUGCUCUUCACACCAGCUCAAAUCCAAUCACAGGCCAGCUGUCUGCAGCGGUGGAGAAGAACCCUGGAGUCUGGCUGAACACAUCACAGCCGCUCUGCAAGACCUUCAUGGUCACUGAUGAAGACAUCAGGAAGCAGGAAGAUCUAGUGUAUAACGUGAGGAAGAGGCUGGAGGAAGCGCUCGUGGCAGACAUGUUGGCGCACAUAGAUGAAGCUGCUGUUGAUACCAAAUCACUGAAGGACGAAUCCACCGAUGAGGAGAUGGAGACUGUAUAACUGGUCAUCAGUGUCGAGUAGAACAACCUGGAUUACAGUAUUUUUACUCCCAACACCAAAAGACGCAUUCACACACUGAAGCUGAUCCCUAUGCAGAAAACAAAACCUUCCUUCUCUAAAUCAGCUGUGAAGCUCAUAUUUUACCCUUAACCCUAAAAAAAGUGCAUUCUGUCUAAUUUUUUUUUAGCCAGAUUAUUUUGUUUGGGAUUGAGAAGAAUUAGAUGAAUGCUGGUUAAAUGUCUCUUUCACUAUUUGUCCAUGAAACUGACAUUUGUGUUUAACAGCAUGACUUACUUGGUUUGAGUGAUUUUUCUAUACUGUCAACAGGUUUUCUCCAUGUUUUUACUUGGAUGUCAUAUACUAAGUGUUUUUGAUUUUUCAAAUCAUGCUAGCCUGUAACAAUUUUUUACACAUUUUGUUUUAUGAAAUAAAUGCCAUGUUUUUAUGAUUAUCUUAAAGACAUUUGAUAGCUAGUACAAAUAUGGUGCUCAUUUAUUUUCAUGGUUACUUUAUAUUUUAGCAUGCAGUGUUUAGACAUAAGCUUUUACAUUGGUGCUUUUUAUGUUUGUUUUCCCUCCAAGCUAUGUAGCAAUGUUUCUGUCAUUGUAUAGCUCACAUAAUUGAAAAGGAAGAGGUAGUUUACAUCAGUUGUAGAGUUAUCAGUUUUAGUUCAUUUUAUCAUGACAUUAGAACAGAUCAAAUCGUUUUUGAUUUGACAUGACUUCUUGAUGUGGACUGAAAAUCAGUCUAUUUCAAUUACUGUGCAGAAAUGAGCAUGAUACAGCUUUUUUAUUAUAAUUAUUAUUUCUCCAACGUGUUAAAUUCAUGCUCUUGUGAGAACACACUUUCCCUCUCAUUCUUUGCAUAGUUUGCAUUUGGUUCUGUUAUUUUCACACGAUCAUGGUUAAAUAUAGAUGGUUUUAUGUUCUUGUGUCAUUGUGCUCUCAUGAAUUCACAUUAGGUGGGAGGGGGGUGUAUUUUGUAUUUUAAACUUCUUUUUUUUUUUUCUUGAAGAAAGCAUAGAGAAGGACUGAGGGGAAAAACUCAAAGCUAAAUAAUACUUUUGUACAUUUUGAAAUUAAAGUUUUUAAACACA